AUGUCGGACAUAGCGCUCGAUACGGCCACGCUGCUUGCUCUCUUUCUUGAGUCGCUACUCUAUGGUGUAUUCGGUGCACUCUUUGUCGUGACCGUUGUUCAGCAGCGCAAGACGAAGGAUACCCUCAGGAGCCGUUGGAUUGUACCUGUAUCGGGAAUGAUGCUCACUGUUGCAACAGCGCAUUUACUCCUCGCCUUCGUGAGGGCACAGCGCGGUUUCACUAUCGCCGUACACACCGCCGCAGGCGCUCGAGGGUUCUUCGAGAACGUUUCCGCGCCAAUGCACGUAGCGAUGGAUUCCCUCUACGUUGUUCAAACAACUGUCGGCGAUGCGGUCCUGAUCUGGCGUCUCUACAUGGUAUACGCACGCAACGUGUGGGUGGCCAUUCCCUUCCUUGUAAUGCUUCUAGCAAACCUCGCAACUGGGAUCGUAGUAUGUUGCUACGAAGGGUUGGCCACGCCCGGGUCCACCAUCUUCGGCACGGCUUCGAAAUGGAUCAAAGCCUUCUUCAUUCUCACAAUGUGCAUGAAUGCGAUGUGCACAGCCGGGAUUCUAUGGCGCAUCUGGUCGCAUACACGCAAACGGGAUAUUUGGUCUCGCGAUCAUGAGCAAGGAGGUUUGAUAUGGGUCUUGGUCAUCGUUGCAGAGAGCGGCAUGCUGUAUUCAUCGGCUGUUCUUGCCCUGUUCAUCGCCUACGUUAAGGGGUCGCAAGGUCAAUACGUCGCAGUUGACCUCAUUAUGCCAUUAGUGGGCAUCAUCUUUGUCCUCAUCAUACUUCAGACCCACUUCAAGCUCUACCGUUCGAAUGCUGUACAGUCUGUGUCUCAUCCGCGACCUCUGAGCCUCCACUCCGAUCGACCGUUGUCGCGUCUGCCCGCCGGCGACUCGUCAUUCUACCCCAGGCAAAGCACAAAAGACGAUCAUGCUAUGCAUAAGAUAGCAGUUCGAGUUACACACGAUACCGUGGUGAAUUGCCCUGGUGGAAUGUGUGCUCUUCGCCACCCUGCUGAUGCCGGGUGUGCAACUGUGCCAGCGGAUGACAAGAACCCCAAGACCACAGUCCCUUACUAUGGUACCUCGAGUUCUUGGUAG